CGUCGCUUGGAACAACAAGUCUAAACUUGUCCGUCGUUCAUAGCGCAUUCGUCCCUUAUAUAUAUAUCAAGUGUGAUCGUUAAGAUGGACAUCGAAUACUAUUUACUGAGUGAUUAAUAUUACGCAAAUAAUUAUGGAUCCUGAAAAUAGAGAUACUCCAGGUGGCUCAAACUACAGAGUAAUAUCUAGAAAAAGAUUAUACGAUAAAAUGCAGGAACAGAACUUACCGAAUUUAGAAGAAAAAUUAAAUUAUUUGGAAAAUAAACUUUUAACACAUGGUGAUUAUAGUCAAGAGCAAAUAAGAGAGUUGAAGCAUAAAUUUUCUUAUAUAAAAAGUGAAUUUAAAAGAAGACGGUCAAAAGGUAAGAGGCAAGAAGACAAAUUGUUAAAAGAGAAUGAUUGGCUGCAAGGAACAUUCCAGAUACCUAAAUCUUCCCAUGGACGUGUUGGUCGACCAUUAAAACCAUUUAGUGAGUUAUCUGAGAGAAGUAGAAGGAGAAAAACAGAGCAACUACGAAACACCGUAAGUAAAGAGGCUCUCGUUCAUGCUGCAAAGGUGAGUUUGCAGAGUUCUGGGAAUAGAGACGCAUCACAAGUUCUCACUGAAUUAGUUAAGUCUCCAAAACGAGGUACUAAGUACAAAAAAGCUUAUGCAACACAUUUGCAAGUCAACGCAACACAACUUACACCUCUUCGUUCGUUAUCAACGUUUGUGGAAGCGGAUCUUUCCAGAAAACACUACGAAGUAAUACGAGAUUCAAAUAAAAAUAUUACCCUUGUUAUACCAUAUUGCAAAAGGAAAAACAAUCCAACCCCAUCAUCUCCAAGAUACUGUCGUCCGAUUAGGAUCAGUUUUAUAAAAGAGACUACUGAUACUACAAACAAUGAAAUCAAAUACAUUCAAAAUCAAAUUGAUGCAUUAGAGAACAGCGUAUUUACGAGAGAAGGGAUAUCUGCGAGUGUAAAACAUGCCAUGGCAUUUACUAUGGUAGAUGAAAAGGUGUGCAACGCUGCCACACAGACAGCGUCUACCAUGAAAUGCUAUAUCUGUGGAGCAACACCAAAGCUUUUUAACGACCUUUCCAUUAAGAGAGAUGUGGAUAGUGGCGCUUUAUCAUUUGGUUUGUCCAUUUUGCAUGCGAGAAUCAGAUUAUUCCAAAGUAUAUUACACCUUUCUUACAAAUUACCUGUAAAAAAAUGGCAGUUAAGAUCCGAAGCUGACAAGACUGUUGUUAAAGAAAGAAAAGGUGAAAUACAAAAAGUAUUUAGGGAAGAAACAGGCUUAAUAGUAGAUGUACCUAAAGCUAAUUUUGGUAACACCAAUGACGGCAACACCAGUCGACGAUUUUUUGCCGAGCCACAAAAAGCAAACUCAGAGGAGCUUACAGACAAAGAACAGAAUGAAUCAGACGACGAACCGUGCCCCUAA